GAGUACGACACGAUUCAGCAGUACUGCCCGCCCGACGUCACCUUCUACUCGUCGCUCGAAGCCGACAACAAACACAAGAACCGCUACGUGAACAUCGUCGCCUGUGAGUACGAUACGAUACGAUACGAUACGAUAGGCUUCCACAAACCGAAAGCGUACAUCGCCGCGCAGGGCCCCCUGGUGUCGACGUUUGCGGACUUCUGGCAGAUGAUCUGGGAGCAGCGAACCUACGUGAUCGUCAUGAUCACCAACCUACUCGAGCGCGGACGGCGGAAAUGUGACAUGUACUGGCCGAAGGAGGGUUCGGAGACGUACGGCAUGCUGCAAGUGAAGCUACUCAGUGAAAUGGCAAUGGCUAGCUACACCGUACGCAUGUUCACACUGAAGAACCUCAAAGUUAAGAAGAAGCAUUCGUCAGAGAGAGUCAUCUACCAGUACCACUUCACGGACUGGCCGGACCACGGCGUGCCGGAGUACACCCUGCCGGCCCUCACCUACGUGCGCAAGUCAGCCGCCAUUAACCCAGACUCCGCAGGACCCAUCGUCGUCCACUGCAGUGCGGGUGUGGGCCGGACUGGCACGUACUGCGUGCUGGACAGCAUGAUGCGACAGAUUAAACACAAGAACACCGUUAACGUGUUCGCCUUCCUCAAGCACAUCAGGCAGCAGCGAAACUACCUGGUGCAGACUGAGGAGCAGUACAUCUUCACGCACGACGCACUGCUGGAGUACAUCCAGUGUGGAGAGACGGAGGUGCGCAGCAGCUACAUGACAGCCUACCUGCACAGCAUCAUGCAGGCAGACGAGAAGACGGGCGAAACCAUACUCGGCCAACAGUACCAGCUGGCCGUGUCUUUCAAACCAAAGCCCUACCAGAUCCACAGUGCGGAGAAGGAGGUGAACAGACUCAAGAACAGACACAUGGACAUUAUUCCAGUUGAGUCGCGGAGGGUAACGAUAACACCAAAGCCGGGCGAAGAGGGAUCGGACUACAUCAACGCCUCAUUCUUUCAGGGGUUCUCGAGGUUGCAGGACUACAUCAUCACGCAGCACCCUCUGGUGGACACCACGGUGCAAGACUUCUGGCAGAUGAUAUGGGACCACAAUUCGCAGACGGUGAUACUGCUCACGGAGCUGUCGCCCGCCGUCGAAGACAACAAGGAUGCUGACAAUAUGGAUGACUACGAGUUGAUGACGCGGUUGCUGCACUGCGCUAACUGGCCGCACCCGUGCUCGCCGAUCAGCCAGGCGUUCGCUCUCGUCAGACUCGUGCAGGAGCGACACAAGAACCAGCAGGGAGGUCCCGUUACCGUCAUCGACAAGUUCGGCGGCUGGGAGGCGAGCGUCCUCUGCCGCCUCUCCACGCUCUGCGGACAGAUGGACUACGACGACAACGUCGACGUCUACCAGGUCGCGAAGCUUCUACACCUGCGCCGGCCUGGCGUCUGGUCGAAUCAGGACGACUACGCGUACUUGUACCGCGCGAUGGAGAGCAUAUGCGACAGCAGCAGCGUGCAGCCGCCCGCGCCCCACCCCGUCGCCAACGGCCACCAGCACCACGGCAACAACCAGCAGCAGCAGCAGCACAGCAGCAGCAACCACCACCAGCACCACACCUACCACCCGAUGACCACCAUCACCGUGUCGCCGAACAGCACGCCGCGCUACGACACCAUCGUCUAGGCCAUCGUUCGGGCGCCCCCUGGCGGUGAACGGGACGCCGUUAUCCGGCGCCCCCGGGCGUCGAACUUUGCCGCGCCAUUAUCUGGCGCCCCCCGGUGUUGAGCUUCAUAGCACCACCUUGUGACGAACGGCUCGCCGCGUGACGGCAUAUUCGUCUAGCGCCCUCUGGUGUCGAACGUCGCGCCGGGCUACGACGUCGUCGCCUAGCGCCCCCUACUGGCAAGCUGGCCACCACCUCAUCUGGAGCGACAGACUCGACAACGUCAAGUCGUUGAAAUGACGGUGUGCAGUGGCGCCACCUAGAAGCGGUGUGGUCGAGCCGCGGUGAAUGCGUGUGGGAG